GCCUUCGGCGCCCAGACCCGGAUCGGCCCUCGCCCAGCCCAAGAGACCGCGCGCCAAGCUACCCAGCAGGAGGAGGCGGAGCGGCUCCGCGGCUGGGGGCGCGCCUUGGCCGGGGAGUUACAGGAUCUGGGCGCGCCAGGCCGGCCCGGCCGGGAGCCUCCGCUCGCCCGCGACACGCCCACCGGGGGCGCCUGCUGGUCCGCCCUCCGGCAGGCAGAGCGCGGCGUAGCGGUGCGUAGCGUCCCGUCCCGUUGAUGCCGAGCGGCGCUUUCCCGGCUGCCGCGUGUCAGGCCCGGGGACCGCGGGAUGGCGCCAUGGAGCAGCCGUCGGGGCAGAGCCAGCGGCCCCCGGCGCAGCCCGAGCCCGACCCGCCGCAGCUGGCGAGCCGACUCCUGGUCUCCUUCCAGUACCUGCACGUGCAGCUGGCCGGCGGCGCGCCCUGGGGCUUCACCCUGCGGGGCGGGCUGGAGCACGGCGAGCCGCUCAUCGUCUCGAAGGUGGAAGAUGGAGGGAAGGCGGCCCUCUCGCAGAAGAUGUGCUCUGGUGAUGAACUGGUGAACAUCAACGGCACCCCUCUCUACGGCUCUCGGCAGGAAGCACUCAUCCUGAUCAAGGGGUCCUACCGCACGCUCAAGAUGAUCAUCCGGAGGAGGAACGUGCCCAUCAUCAGGCCCCACUCAUGGCAUCUGGCCAAGCUCUCCGAGGUCCGGACUGAAGCUGCCACCAUGACCUUUCCUGCUGACCCCCUCAGCCUCUCCUGGCAUUUGGGCUGCGAGACAAGUGACCUGCCUUUGCCGUGGGACCCUCUUUCUCCCCACUGCGUCACAGAAAGGAGCGGCUCCCUCGAGAGCAUGGGAAGUCUGGACCCGCCUGGCCGGGCCUACUACGAGGGCGGUCUCUCCCCCAUCGACCCGGCCCUGCGCCAGAGCCAGCGGGACUCUGCCUACAGCUCCUUCUCCGCCAGCUCCAGCACCUCCGACUCCGCGCCACGGCCCGAGGAGAGCGGCCCCGUGGACAGCGCCCAGCCCAGCCAGCUGCCAGAGCCCCGCUACCUGCAAACGGGUGGCGAGCUGGCAGGCCCACCCCUCCCAGCCCCUGGCACCGGGCUCCCCUCUGGCACUCAGCCAGGCUCCCUUCCCAGCCCUGCCAAGGCAGCUGCCGCCCCUCCCCGGCCACCUGUGAGGCAGGACAGUCUGCGUGCGUGUGGCUCUCCCCCGGAAGCCCCGAGACCCCCCUCCCACACAGGUCCUUUGUGUCCCGAGGGUCCGUGGAGCUCGGACUCCCCCCUCUGCACACCCGGUGGAGAUCCCCACGGGCCCGGGGGGAAGCUGGCCAGCACAGGCCCCCUGAAGGACUCUCUGUUCACUGACCAGUACUACCUGCUGAGCUCACACACAGAGCAACACCCUGCGAUGGAGAAGGGCCCGCCAAACCCUCACUGCCCCUUGGCUGAGGAGAACACCAGACGCCCCUCGGGAGGCCCCCUGAAAGAGAAGGCGCACGAGGCGGAGCCAGACAGCCACAGAAGUGCCCCAUCUCCCUGGGAGGCAGGCUGGGCUGGGCCCUUGGGCCAUCGCCACAGCAUCCCAGAACACUUGCUGGUGGCCGAGUUGCAGGCCCUGGAUGUCUCCCGUGGCCAGGAGGGCCCUCGCUGGACAGUGUCCCCGCUGCACAAGGAGGAGAAGAACCUGCCGGCACCAGAGCCGUGGCUGAGUCCAGGCCACCAUGGCCAGGACACCCGUGGACGAACAGAAGAGCUGGAUCCUCUCCCAGCUUCUCUGGGGGGGCCGCCUUCUCCACCUCGGGGUGCUUGCACAGCACUAGGGAGGCCCCAGAGUGCCCUUGCUGGCCUGGCAGGUUCCCCGCCGCCACCACCAUUUGGAAAGGCCAGAGCCGCCCCAUCAGGCCUCCAGGCAGCCCCCACCGUGGAUACUUUGCCAAAUGCUGCCAGGAGCCCACCAGCUGCCCAGAAGCGGGGCUCGGCCCAGCAUCGCUCUGCACACACCCGCCGACGUAGUGACCGCUUUGCCACCAACUUGCGGAACGAGAUCCAGUGGCGCAAAGCCCAGCUCCAGAAGGCAAAAGGCGUGAAGGUGCUGGGGUGUGAGGUGGAGCCUGCCCGAGAGACCGAGGAGCCCCCUGCCCACACCAGGGCUCCUGCCCCACCCCCUCCCUUGGGCUUAGGAGAGGGCAAGCCCCAUGGCUCUUCCGGGCUGCCGGCUGUGCCCCCCAAGCACUGGGGCUCCGAGCUGAGUGUGUUUGGUGGGAAGAGCGCACCGUGCAGCCCCCAGAGGCCGUCUGGGGACCUGAUGCCCAAGGAGGAGACCGCUUGGCUGGAGAAGUCUCUGCCGCCAGCCCGCAGAGGAGGCCGCUGGCGGUGGUCCCCGGAGCACAAGCUGCAGCCUCAGGAGUCGGAGCCAGAGCCAUCCUCACAGCCACCUGCGGAGGAACCCGGCCUUCUGCCUUUCGCCGACCGGCGGAAGUUCUUCGAGGAGACGAGCCAGCCGCCAUCCUCCAGGCCCACGGGCUCCCAGCAGGGCAGGCUAGGCAGUGCACAGUCCCCCGAGGCAGAGAAGCCAGGGACCGCCGAGCACAGGGGCUCCCGCCGCCACUCCCUUGACCAGUGCUACUGGUGCCCGGCAUCGCCACCCAGCUACCAGGACUUCCGGCCAGAGGUGCUGGGGUUGUGCAAGCCCCUGGCUCGACACAGUGCAGACCGCGAGGGUUGGCGGCCUCUUCCUUGCUCUUGCACCCUCCGAGAAGCCUGCAGCUACAGCUUCCGGGAGGAGUGCGCCAUGCUGCAUGCAAGGAACGUGCCAAUGUCAUCCAGCCACUGUGCCCACCAUUGUCACCCCUGUCCCUGGAGCUGCUGCAGUGACUGCUGUUGCCCAGCUCAGCAGAAGCUCCUGGAAGACGGCGGUCCCUGGCAAGCAAGGAAGCCUUUCCAGAUGGAAUUGCCGGUGGAUCAGUGGGAGCCCCCCGCCAUGGACAGAGCAGGCAGCCAAUCCAUCAGUCAGCUCUUGCAGCACAAGAUGGCCUUUGCAAGGGUCAGCCCAUUCUGGACCUGCUUUGAGCGCGCCGAACCAGCCUGGUCCCCUUUCUGCCGGGCUGCGUCCACACGCAACCUCUCCUGGGACUGCAAACAAUCAAGAUGGGCAGUGGAGAAGGUUGGCUCAGAGGCGGGCCCCAGCGAGCUGCGCAAACCCUGCUUGCGCGAACGGGCCUACUCAGAGAGUCACCUCUGCGUUGAGCCGGCCGGCAUGUCUGCAAGGGAGUGGCGAGAAGUCCCGUUGGCCAAGCUGGAGGAGACGGGGCAGAAGUCGCCCUUGUGCCAAGCCAGGAGAAAGGCUGUCCCCCCUCCACGGCCUCCUCCACCCAACUGGGAGAAGUACCGCCCCUCCUGGGCUUCACAUCAACAGCUUCUCCCUGCCCAGGCCGGCCUGCCCGCACACUCAGACGACUCUUGGGGCCCCAACCAGAGCGGCCUCGAAGCAGCCAGGCAGCGGUCUCGGAGCCUGCCUGCAGAGCGGCUGUGGAGCAACAGGCCUCAGCUGCAGAGCCCACCACUGCCUUCUGUGGCACCUAGUGGUGCCCUUUCCCUCCAGGAGCAAAACAACCACCACUUCUACUGCCACAGUUCGCCACACCGGAGCCUGGAGUGGCUGAUGCCCGAGGCGAGUGGCCAGAGUGGCUCUCCCAGGCAAGUGGCCUCACAUUUGGCCUCCAGUGUUCAGGGUGCCAAGUGGCUGGAGGGCGGAGUUCGGAAGACAGUCCCAGGGGAGGCAUCGGCUGAGGCAGCCACUCCCUUGGCGGAGGAAGCCACCGAUGAGCACCCUCUGGACGAGGAGCAGGAGAGGCCGGUUAGCAGCCCCUUGGAGCCAUCCCCCAGCCUGCACCCCCCACACUGUGUGCCAGCGUCCAGGGAUGCCACAGGAGAGAGCAGCUGGGCCAGCUGGAGGGCAGGGCCGCCCCCCUCACGCCUGAAUUCGGAAGAGCUGAUGCGAGACGUGGCGGGCAGGGACCGCUCCCUGGCCAGAGUGCUGAGCUCUGGUUUGGGGCUCAGGUCAGCAGCUGAGGUGAUGGGCGACCUCUUUCCUGCAAGCGAUGGCCCCCCAUGGAGAGGGCAGGACUGGUCUCCACUGGGGAGUGGACCCAGCUGCCCUGAAAGGCAGCAGAUGCCCCUGGAGCCCCCAGCCAGCGGAGGAGCCACCAGCCCCACCACCUCCUUGACUUAUUACAACCUGUCAGCAAGCAAGGCCGAGCUGCUGAGUAAGACGAUGGACCGGUCUCAGGUGGCCACUGCCGGUUCAGAAGAGGAGGAGCUGGACCCUGACCUGGCGCAGAAGAAGGUGCAGCUGAUUGAGAGCAUUGGACGGAAGCUGGCAGUGCUGCAGGAGGCCCAGCAGGGUCUGCAGGAUGAGCUGAGUGCCAAUGUGGCCCUUGGCAGAGAGGUGGAGAACUAUAUCAAGGAGGCUUGCAAGCCCCACGAAUUGGAGAAGUUCCGCCUCGUCAUGGGCGACCUGGACAAGAUGGUCAACCUGCUGCUCUCGCUGUCCGGGAGGCUGGCCCGGGUAGAGAAUGCCCUUAGUGUCCUGGAUGCAGAGGAGGGGGAAGAAGAGGAAGAGGAGAAGAUGGCUCUCCUGGAGAAGAAGCGGCAGCUUUUGGCGCAGCUGGAGGAUGCCAAGGAGCUGCAGGAGCACGUGGCUCAGCGGGAGCAGCUUAUCUCUGCCAGUGUCUCGCGCUGCCUACCUGCUGAGCAGCUGCAGGACUAUCAGCACUUUGUGCGCAUGAAGUCUGCCCUGGCGAUCCAGCAGCGGCAGCUGGACGAAAAGAUCAAGCUGGGCGAGGAGCAGCUGCGGUGCCUCUGGGAGAGCCUGCCCCGGAGGCCCAGAGAGCACUAGGGGAGCCCCCAGACCUCGCUGGUUGGGGGCUGACUGCAGCCUGCGGGACCUCUGGUGACUUCCCAUGCUCUGGAAAGCAGUGGCGCCUCCUGCCAAAGAGGGCUGUGCCAAAUAGCCAUGCCCAUUCCUCUCCUCCAUGGCCGGGGUAGAGGGGCCACCCACGUGCCCGUUGCCAAAGAGAUGUGCCCACCUGCACUCAGGACCAGCUGUCUGGCUGCUGCUUAAGACAGGCAGCCAUGGGAAUCCUGGAGUCACCCUGGAACGAAGAGGCUGGGGUCCCCACAGCCUCCCCCGAGACUACCUGGCUGGCUAGAUGAGAUGGCCCCACUGUCUCCAUCCCAGCCUUGAGUGGACCAGGGAAACUCUCCCUCACAAUAAUUGGGGAGACCUUCCUAGCCCAGCUGUGGGACCCACUGUUCACCUUCUGUGCCUACAACUCUUGAAGGUGCUUUUUCUGCUGGUCCACGUUAUUUAUUUUCCUCUCUGCUGUGUUAGGGUUUGUUUCCAAGUUAAAUCUGGAUUUUGGUCGGGCGAGGGCCAGGUGGCUGGACUGGCUGGUCAGGAGCAUGACACAUGCCGUUUGGAGCCCACAUCUACAGCAGCCCUCUGCACCUGAGCUUCACUCGGCAAGAUUUGCCUUGGUCCAAAGUAGCACUGCCAGGCUUCGCUGCAACCCAUCACCUUCUGUCCCCACCAAGCACUUAAGGCUGCUGCUUCAGACUUCCCAUGGAGGGGAGCAGUGUGCAGAUCAUCAGCGUGAGACAUUCACCUGCCUCACCUCGCCUCUCUCACGCAGUCAGCUGGAGGCUGAGCUUCCAGGCCAGAGUGGGCUCAGGUGGCACCUGUCCAGCAGCAAGACCUUUGCCAGUGAGAGAGCGCAGGAGAUGCUCCCUGCAGCACCAGGGCCGUGUGAGGAUCAGUGGGGGAGGAGGACCCCAGGAAGCUUCACCAGAGCAGCCUCGGAAAACCCUUGCUUUGCGGUGGGGCAUGGUCAGACUCCCUUAGCCAGAGAUCACAGUGGGGCAGCAGGUGUAUAUGUGAGCCUGUCUUGUCUUGUGAGCUGUGCGUCCUGCUGGCUGCUUUGAUCUACCCGAGGGAUCAGUGGGCAAUCUGGCUUCAGUUACUGGCUCUUUCCCUAGCGUUUGGCCAGGCAGCCCUGCUGUGGGAGGGGGUCUCCCUUCCCACCUUCCUGCCGUGGCCUGAAGCUGAAAUUCCCUGGCAAGAACGUUGGUGUGAGGGGAACUGGGGUGGAUAUGCGAGGGCUUCUCUUCCCACCUCCCCUGCAUCCGUGGCCGGAGGAAUGUGUUGGGAUCCUGCCAUGGCUAUUCUGACCCCCACAUCCUCUUCCUCUCCAUUGUCCUUGGCCCAGCGCAGGAAGCCCGGUCUGCUUGGCUUAACCUCUUCAGCACUGGGCUGCCUUGAACUCCUGGCUGUGCAGCCUCCCCUCGAGGAGGGAGGGAGGGAGAUGCAGGGGGCAAGCCAAGCUGCCUUACUGCUCCGGGCCUUGAGAGGAGUGGAAGUCCCACGGCCUGGGCACCUGGGGAGCAGGGGAGGAGGACUGCAUGCUCCAAGUAAUCUUGCCUCUUUGCCCCUCCUCAGCCUUCAAGGAAGGAGGCCUGGCUUUCCAGAGCAGCUUCUCCACCUGCUGCUCCCUGAAGCUGGGGCUGCGGCUCCCCUAAUGCUCACCAGCAGCCCCCAAGGUGGCCGAGGCAAACCCGGUAGCCCCGGCCACUUGGGCCUUGGCCGCAUCCUGCCUUGGGCCCCUCAGUGGGAUUCCUCGUCCUCCAAAGGGCCGACCUGGCUUUUACUCCUGUGGGGAAGGCUGGCCUUGAGGGGCUUGAAUGCCUGCCUGUUGGCAUCCUUCCGGAAAAGCGCUCAGAGAUGCAGGCGUUUGGCCGCCCAUCGUCACCGGUGUGCCACUUGGUGGUUGCCUUUGGUGUCCUGCACUCAGGCUGCUUUAGCCUCUGCUGGGCCUGGGGAGCAGGUGUGAGUCAGAUGUGCCUUUUUGAGAGCCGGGGGUGGGGAAGCAGUGGACCAAGUCGCAGGCCAGCCUCUCUCUGCUCUUCCCAGGCAAAUCUUGGAAACUCACCUUCGGUCUUCACCAGCCUGGCCUCCUGCCACACCCCACACCCGCCCGGUAGUUCUUGCUUCUUUGAGACCAAAGUCUUUUGCAGGGAGUUGGCUGUAAAAGCGUUACGUAUUUGUGCUAAUUGAAAAGAGGAGGAUAUGUUGUCUGGUCGCUCUCAGACGCAGCUUCUGGCUGUCCAGCACGGGGUUCUUCAUCAAGUGGGCUUGCAGGGUGGUUCCAGAAGGAGCUCUGCAUAGCUUGGGACGUUUGCAAAUGCCAGACUGCUCUCCUUCCCCUGCGAAGUCCCCCACUUUUUAUGGCAAACACGUUGCUCCUCCCUGCACUUACUUGUAAGAACAGGGGUGCCCCCUGCCCACUCUGGUCACCGAACCUGCCCCUCUCACCAUUCCUGGCUUGCUCCGAGCAGCUGCUCUGCCUAAGCAGCCCCUCCUCAGUGCAGGUGGAACCCAAGUACCAACUCUGAAGGCAUGUUGCUAUGUGAUUAAAUGCUUGAGUUGCUGGCUGUAAUUUUGUGCUUCCUACACACCAAAGAAUCCAUGGUUCCUGUCCAACGUUUCCACAGCAAGAUCUCUUCAGUUGUGUUUCCAAAGGUGUUUUGACACCACCUCCGGCAGCUUGUGCCUCGGCUGCGGGUGCAAUUAUGGGGAUGGGGGAAAGGCGGAAUCACAUUUUGCAUUAAAUUGGUGCUAACUGGG